GGUGUGGCGCCCUACUCUUCCCUGCAUAUGCUUCUCUUCUCUUUGUGGUAUCUGUUACAGAAAGAAGCGGAAGUGUUCAGACAUGGGAGACUUGAAAGAGAAACCGAAGGAGAAGAAGAAGAAUAAGAAAGCUAAGAAGAGUAGUAUCGAGCUGUCUCAAAAGGAAGUAAUGUUAAAUAGCAAGGAAAAAGGGAAUGGAACUGGAAGUAUCAAAUCCGCUGGAAAGAAGAAGAGGAAAAGGGAGAAAGAGAAUAAUGAUGAUGCUGGUAUAGCUGUUCUGAUCAAUAACGAUAAACUAAUUAAAGUAGGAGAAAAGAACAAGAACAAAGUGAGGAAAAAGAAAAGAAAAGGUGAGAAAAAUAAUGCUCCGGUUGGAAAAUCUGAUUGGCAAGAUGGUUGUGAAGAACAAAGUGAUGAUGAGGCAGCAGAUCAUAGCUUAGUUGAAACUCAAGGAGAUAUGAACGAUUUCAAAGUGCAGAGUGAAGCUGUUAUUGGAGAAGAUAUCAGAACUCGUAAAUCCAAGAAAUCUCACAGAAAGAAAAAGGAGCAUGGCAAAUUGAAGAAGGGUGAGACCAUGCCAGAGAAGAUGGAAGAGGCUGUUCAUGAUGGGGUUUAUUACAUUUCUUCAGGGGAAGAGGACAGCUCAAAAGGAAUGAGAAAAUGGCUUAUGGAAUACCAUCAAAGUAGACCAGGUCUGAAGGUGUUGCAACAAAGGAUAGAUGAGUUUAUAAUUGCUCAUGAGGAAAAACUUGAACAGGAAAGGAAAGAAAGAGAAGCCCGUGCUACAGAAGAUGGGUGGACAGUUGUUGUGCACCACAAAGGAAGGAAGAAGACAACAGAUUCUGAAAGUGGAAUGACUGUGGGUUCUGUGGCCCCAGCUGUUGCAGAGAGCCAGUUGACCAAGAAGAAGGGCAAAGAGGUUGGGCCAGACUUCUAUCGGUUUCAAAAAAGAGAAGCUCAGAGGAGCGAAAUUUUGGCACUCCAAAGUAAAUUUGAGCAGGAUAGAAAACGGAUUCAGCAACUGAGAGCAGCUAGAAAGUUUCGACCUUACUGAAUGCAACAGAAGCCAUGUGUAGAACGAUCAAGAGCUGAAACUUCUGUGUCAACUUUUCUUUUACAAUAUGGGAAGUAGAAAGUUAAGAGUUCUUGGCAUUUGUUGUUCCUUAUGCAAAUUUUCACUUCUUCAACUUAUUGGAGGUAAAAUAAAAAUAUUAACGAAUCACAAAAUCUACUAGUGAGAAUGUCAAUUAUCAAUAUGAUAUUAGCUGAGAUGAUGAAUGAUUUUGCAGCUUUUUUUAAUCCUAGUUGAAUGCUGCCUUUGUACUAGCACUUCUUUCUUUCGGGCAAUGUUUUUAGCAAUAUAGUAAAUUUGACGGACA